AUGUCUACCGCACCUGGUUCCUUGUAUGGAGAAAAGGAUUCUUUGUUUUCUUCGGAAGGAGCGGAAAAUCUGACCCAAGCCGAUGCGGUCGAGGAAAAAUCCGAAGAAAGGCUAGUCGUUUACACAGACGCCGAGUUGAAGAAGCUGGUGUCUUACGUGAAAGACAUUACGAUGCUUUUCGGGCUACAGGAUUGCGACUGGAACGAAACCAACCAGGCCGUCAUCAAAAACUGGUUUCAGGACGUCUCCAAUCCCGUGCUGAGCAUAUAUUUCCAAGGUGUCGAGUUGAAAUGCUGCAUAGGCAUACCGGACGGACCGCUCGAAAUCGAUUUAAUGUACUUUAUGAGACAAGACACCGAGCCGUUUUCCGUUGACACUUUCCACGAUAAAGUCUUAUAUGGAAACGUUACCGAUAACAUCGAUGGAACCAUGUUGCAUAUCGUUAGAGAUAUUUACGGUCCUACUUUGUUUGCUAAUUCGAAAUGGCCCGAUAACGUGCGAAACGAAUUUAGCCAAAAACUACAGAUGUUCCUGGCCAAGAUGACGGAUCUCCACUUUAAAUUAUACGGGCUGACCGUAUUAUAUGUACCUCAGGAGGUGCUAUUAACGCCUCUUAAUGAAGCCUGCAACGACAAGGAGCUUAUUAAACGCUUGGAGGGCAUUGUAGUGUAUUGGACAAAGCAAAUUAGAGUCGGCCUGCAGGACCAGGACCAAUUUACACCGGAAGAUUUGCUCUGUCCUAUCGAUGAAUUCGAAUUUUGGAAAUGCAGAUAUGAGAACUUGCUUGGUUUGGACUUCCAGCAAAAGAACGAGGGAAUUUUGCAUAUUUGCGAUAUCCUGCACUCGGUACAAUCGACGUACGUUCGUCAAUUCAAAACGUUCGCUGGAGAAAUCAUGAAGAACAUAGAGGAAUCCAAAUCGAACAUAGAAUACUUGAAUAUUUUGGUCGAACCGUGCCAGGAGCUAUACGAAGUUAAAGAUUUGAAGCGAAUUGCUGGCAAGAUUCCUAAGAUCAUGCACUUGAUUAGAUACAUUUGGCUGCAUAGCCCAUUUUACAACACGAAGGAGAAGAUUACCCAAUUGUACAGAGCCGUGAGCAAUCAAGUUAUAUUGCAAUGUCAAAAGUACAUAGACUUGGACAUAGUCUUCAAAGCGAAAGAAACCCGAAAGGCCAUCGCCAUGUUUAAAAAUUGCACGGACGCUUUAGCAGAAUACAUUAAAAUUUACAUAUCGAUAUCUAGAAGUCACGAAAUAUGCAGCGAAAUGCCUUGGAAUUUGGAUAGAGGUCCGAUUUUCAAUCAUGUGGAUUCCUUCGUUAAAAGAUGCAACGACAUGAUCGAAGUGUGCGAAGUGAUGAUCUGUUUCGGGCGAUUCGACGAAACCGAGAAAAUACCCAAGCCGAUGUUCAGCGGCUCCAAAGGGGAGGAAUUUGACCAAUGGGCCGAACGAAUAGAGAUUAUGUUCCAAGAAGCUCUGUUGGAUAUUGAAAGCGUAAAGCAUCGAAUACUGGUUGUCAAAUCUUCGGAAUGGUACGAUGACAUUUUGAAAUUCAGAACAAGAAUGAAAGAUAUUGAAGUUGUGAUAGAAAAUUUGACGAACGCCGUGUUUGAGCAAGUCUCCAAUGUCGAGGAAGGAAUAGAAGCGUUGGCUGCACUUCACAACUACACCAAAAGAAGGACUUUGUUGACCUUAUUUGAGGGCAAAACUACGGCGGUGUACAAAAUGUUUAGAGACGAAAUAAUGGAUACGAUGCAGGAAUUUCAAACCGAAGCGGAGGUCUAUUUGAAACUGGUACCGUACUACGCGGGCAGAUCGCACCUGCUCAAGAUGAAGAAGAGACGAUUGCAACUGCUAAUGAAAUUAUUUUCGGAUGCCACGUGGAUGAUGCCGUGCGGCAUAACUAAAGACAUAAUGACUCAAUGCGAAAAACUGGUGAAAUCCAUCAACGACGCCUGUUUGAAUCUAUACAGGAAAUGGUUGGACACCGUGCAAGAAGACGUCUUGUCCAAAUUAAACAGACCGUUGAUGUGCAAAAACAAGAACAAUUCUGGACUCCUCGAAUGCAACUUCGACAAAUCGCUGUUGGACCUAUUUCACGAGAUUUACUACUGGUCUUUUACGCGUUACGCCAUUCCUACGUAUCUGAGGAACAUCUUCGCCAAACGCGAUAGCAUAAAAUUAAUGUACGAAUGCAUGUUUGACGUGACUUUGAGCUAUAACAAGAUUAUCACGUCGCUCUCGGAGGAAGAACGAACGUUGUUCAAGCCGUUGAUAAAUGGAAUCGAGAAAAAAAUCAGCCCCGGCUUGACCAGAUUGACUUGGGCUACAGACGUCGGCGAUGAUUACACCAACGAUUGCUUUAAUACAACAGCUGAGCUCCAAACGUUUCUCGACGACUACAAGUCUUGCAAUAUGACGAUAUUAGCAAUAAGCGAGCAGAUAUGCGAUCACGUUAUGAUCACUUUGAAAGCGAAUUACGCCUACGAUAUUAACGAAUUGGUAGAAGAGCUGUCGGAUUCUAUGCAGAAGGCGGUGAAAAAAUUUAGCGAAUACUACACUGAAAUUACAGAACUUUUGAUUCUCGUUUUCGAAGGUUUCGAACCCAAUAUUGGAAACAUGGCUUCUGAAUGGAUGUAUUAUGUAAACAACAUCGAUAAGCUGUUGGAAGAAGCUUUGAAGGUCGCUUGCAGGAAUACAUUGAGUUUAAUGUUCGAGGCUCUCCACGGCGACGGCACAACCGAACCGAAUCCAGUGAUAAAAUUAAUCGCAAAUUUGAUCAAUAAUCGAAUAAGAUUCAAGCCGUCUUUAGCCGAAGUAGCCGCUUUAGUUUCGAACAUCCACAAAGGCCUCGUCAAUUCAUUGAAAGCUUUGCCCAGGAUAAAUCAGAAAUUUGCUCUAGAAGGCGAAAUAUUCACCGGAGCUACUUAUAGCGAAUUAAUUUCCGAAGAUGACAAAUGCUUACAAUUACAAGUUAUGCUGAACCAAGAGGUUAGAGUCAACGUGGAUAAACUAAGAGAAUACAUGAAGAACUGGGAGCCUUUUCGCGACCUUUGGGAAGUCGACAAAGAAAAAUUCAUUGCCAGAUACGAAAAGGAGGAACCCAGUGCCAGUGUUUUCGAUUCUAAUAUUGCUCGUUACACGGAGAUGGCUAAUAAAGUCAAUAUGUUAGAAACCCUAUCGGCCGUUCAUUUCGCUCAAAUCAAUUGCGCCGAUUUGAAGCAAUCCAUCAUCGCCAAUUGUAUGGAGUGGCAAGACAAAAUGUGUAAUCUGUUGCAUAAAAUGACGGUGAAGAAAAUUAAAAACUUCUACAAUUACACCAAAGUCAACGCCGAAGAGGCAAUGAAAGAACCAACUAACUUGGAUGAAAUGCAGAUGUCCAUAGAGCUUUUCGAAUUGUUGAAAGAUGAAAUUCCUAUGCGAGAGGAGAUGUUCCCGGCCAUACGCGAACAAAUUUUAACGUUGGAUAAGUAUAAUGUUCCAGUGUCAGAUAAUUUGAGAAACAUGGAGAAAAAUAUACCGACUGAAUGGGCGGCGUAUUUGGAAAUGUUGGAAACCGCUGAAAGAAUGAUCGAAUUUUCCAAGGAAAGAUUUAAGAGCGGUUUAUUGGAAAAGGCCGACCUGUCCAGAAAAGAGGCUGCUGAAACGUUCGAUAAUGUUAUGAGAAUCGGGCCGUUUACAGCAGAAGUGUCUUGCCUUGAGGCGUGGACUUUCUUGAGAGACGUACGAAAAAAACUGACCGAUCUGAGGACACAAGACGAAGAGCUCAGAAACGAUUUGGCCAUAUUCGGCUUGAGUUUCGGCGAUAAUUUGGAUUUAUCCAGAUUGGAUGCUGAAUUAACAGCGCUCGAAAUUGUUUGGAACAUGGUAACCGAAUGGGAUGACUCUUGGAACAGCUGGAAAACCGGUCAAUUUUGGACCAUCGAAACUACGGAAAUGGAAGAAACUGCGCAAGUUCUCUUUCGCAGACUGACCAAAUUAGCGAGAGAACUUAAAGAAAAAGGAUGGACAGUCAUCGACGAAACUAGAAAUUUAGUAGACGCCUUUAGAAGAACGUUACCGUUAAUCGCUGAUUUAAAAAAUCCUGCAAUGAGACCCAGACAUUGGUCGAGAGUAAAGGAAAUCGUUGAAGUGGACUUCGACGAAACCUCCGACGACUUUAAUUUAGAAGUCGUGUACGCCUUACAGUUGCACAAAUUUUCUGAGGAAGUCAAUGAAAUCUCGUACGCAGCGACUAUGGAAUUACAAAUCGAAAACGGCCUACAAGCUGUCGCUGGCGUUUGGAGCACCAUGAAGUUCGAAAUGGCGCCAUACAAAGAACGAAAAUUAUACAGAAUAAAAUCAACGGAGGAAUGUUUCCAAGCAUUAGAAGAAAACAUAAUGCAACUAUCGGUAAUGAGAAGCACGAAAUUUGUCGAACCGUUUUCAAAAGAAGUAGAUCAAUGGGAGCGCGCUUUGUCUUACAUCAUGGAAACUUUAGAAGCAGCUCUUAACGUCCAGAGAGAUUGGAUGUAUUUAGAGAGUAUAAUGUACGGCGAGGACAUCAGAAGACAACUGCCCUUGGAAACUGCCCAAUUCGAUGAAAUUACCAACAGCUGGCGGGGCAUUUCGACGCGCUUGUACGUCGCGACGUCCGCUCUCGCAGCGACGCAUUUCAAAGCGCCGCCAUACCUGCUCAACAAACUGAACAAAAUGCUCGAUCAAUUGGACAAGAUGCAGAAGGCUUUGGAGAAAUAUUUGGAGACGAAGAGGCACAUCUUUCCACGAUUCUACUUCGUCUCCAACGACGAUGUGUUGGAAGUUCUCGGCAACUCGAAGAAACCUGAGAUGGUGCAGCAGCAUCUGAAGAAACUUUUCGACAACAUUAACAAAGUGAAGAUAGAAAAAAAUCUCGCGUAUAAGAAAAUGGAAGCGCUGGGAAUGUACGCUGACGAUGGCGAGUACAUGGAAUUCGUGCGACCGGUCCUUUUGGACGGUCCUUCGGAACAGUGGUUGUGUAAAAUUGAGAGUGCCAUGAGGCUCAUACUGAAGACCGCCUUCAAACCGUGCAGGGCCGAGCUGAAGAAGAUGCUGAAUAAACGAGAUAAAUGGUUGAUGACGAAUUGCGGGCAACUUUGCAAUGCUUGUAGCUUGAUUCAAUGGACGUCAGAUUGUACGAGAGGUUUGGUGCACUCAAAAAUCUUGGAGUCCAAGAAACCCCUGAAGAAAUUGAGGAGGAAGCAAAAUGGUGUUUUGGCCAAAUUAUCGGAGCUCAGUAGGAAAGACUUGUCGAAAUUGCUGCGUCUCAAAGCAAACGCACUCAUUACAAUAGAGAUUCACUCUAGAGAUGUAAUCGAUAGAUUGUAUAGAGCAAAUUGUCGCGACACCAACGCAUUCGAAUGGUUCUCUCAAUUGCGUUUUUACUGGGACAGAGACUUGGAAGAUUGCGUUAUCAGACAAACGAACACUCAUUUUAUGUACGGUUACGAAUACAACGGAAAUUCCGGUCGAUUGGUCAUAACUCCUCUAACAGAUAGAUGCUAUAUCACUUUAACUACUGCACUGCAUUUGUUCCGCGGGGGAAGUCCCAAAGGACCUGCCGGUACCGGUAAAACCGAGACGGUAAAAGAUCUGGGCAAAGCCAUGUCGAUAUGGGUUAUCGUUACGAAUUGUUCAGAAGGUUUGGAUUUUAAAAGUAUGGGUAAAUGCUUUUCUGGUUUAGCUCAAACAGGAGCCUGGGGAUGCUUCGAUGAAUUCAAUCGAAUCAAUAUAGAAGUGUUAUCUGUAGUUGCUCAGCAAAUUUUGUGCGUUUUAUCGGCAGUAUCGCAAAGAUUGAAAUUCUUUGUUUUCGAUGGAAUUGAAAUUAAACUGAAAUUAACCGUUGGCGCUUUCAUUACGAUGAACCCGGGUUACGCCGGUCGUACCGAGUUACCCGACAAUUUAAAAUCGAUGUUUAGACCGAUUUCCAUGAUGGUGCCCGACAGCGGAAUUAUAGCCGAAAACGUAUUAUUCAGUGAUGGUUUCACCAAUACCAAAAUCUUAGCCAAAAAGGUGUUUACGUUGUAUAAAUUGGCUAUGCAACAGCUCAGUAAACAGGACCACUACGAUUUCGGUCUGAGAUCCAUGGUAGCACUGCUUAGAUACGCCGGCAAGAAGAGAAGACAGAUGCCCAACCUUCCUGAAGAGCAAAUGGCGUUUCUGGCUAUGAGAGAUAUGAACGUUGCUCGGCUUACUUACGACGAUUUACCGUUGUUUAACGGUAUUAUGUCUGAUAUUUUUCCCGGAGUGAAUAUACCAGUUGUGGAUUACAUCGACAUGAACGUAGCCAUAACUGAGUGUAUGGAGGAGCAUAAUUAUCAGCCGUUCGCAAAAGCUAUGGUGAAGGUUAUUCAGCUUUACGAAACGAAGAAUUCCCGUCAUUCGACGAUGAUAUUGGGCAAAACUUGCACAGCAAAAUCUGUGACGUGGAAAAUUCUGAAGUGUACAAUGAAGAAAUUACAAGCCCAAAAUAAACCUGGUUUCCAGAAGGUUAAAGUAUUCCCGUUGAAUCCCAAGGCUUUGAAUUUAGCCGAACUAUACGGUGAAUACGAUUUGACCACCAACGAUUGGUUGGACGGAGUCAUAAGUGCUAUUAUGAGAACGACUUGCUCAGAUGAAUCUCCGAUCGAAAAGUGGAUACUAUUUGACGGUCCCGUCGACGCUGUUUGGAUUGAGAACAUGAACAGUGUUAUGGACGAUAAUAAAGUGUUAACAUUGAUUAACAGCGACAGAAUUACUAUGCCCGAGCAAGUAUCUUUGUUGUUUGAAGUGGCUGAUUUAGCUGUGGCCUCACCGGCUACAGUUAGCAGAUGCGGAAUGGUUUAUAAUGAUUACAAAGAUAUGGGCUGGAUGCCCUACGUCACCUGCUGGAUUAAUAGCAAACAGGAAUUCGGCGAAAAGUAUAUGGCAAAGAUGCACGAAUUAUUCCAACUGUAUAUGAAGACGAUAUUGGAAUUCAAGCAUAUGAAUUGUGAAGAAAAGGCAGAAACCGCUGAAUUGAACUUAGUUAUAUCGUGUUGUAAAUUUCUAGAUAUAUUUAUGAAUAAAAAGUUCGGUGUAAAUCCGGCAAAUGAAGAAAAAUUCGAUGAUGCCGCCAAGAGUUGGUUUCUCUUUUGUAUUAUGUGGUCAGUUUGUUGUACUACUGAUGAAGAAGGACGAAAAAAAAUUGACAAUUUCAUACGAGAAAAAGAGAGCAUAUUUCCAGUCAAAGAUUCCAUAUACGAAUACUACGUAGACCAUCAAACAUUCAAUUUUGUAUCGUGGUCGGAAAAAUUACCGUACGGUUGGAAAUUCGAGACGGGUUGCCCAUUCCAUCAAAUAAUUGUACCGACAAUCGAUACUGUUCGGUACGACUUCUUGGUGAAAUCUCUUCUCAAAAACAAUAAUCCGGUACUAUUAACUGGUCCGGUCGGUACCGGAAAAACCUCUGUGGUACAAUCCGCCCUUCGAGGUCUUAAUCCGGAUAAAUACACUGUACUGAAUGUGAACAUGUCCGCACAGACAAGCUCAAAUAAUUUACAAGAAGCUAUAGAAAGCAGAUUGGAGAAACGAACAAAGGGCCAUUUUGCUCCGCCGAUGGGAAAGAAACUCGUCGCCUUUUUGGACGAUAUGAACAUGCCUGCAAAGGAAACCUACGGUUCCCAGCCGCCCCUCGAGUUACUAAGACAGUGGAUGGACUAUACGUAUUGGUACGAUAGAUUGAAGCAAACAAGAAAAUACAUCGAAAACACUCUUGUAAUGGGCGCGAUGGGACCGCCGGGUGGCGGCAGAAAUAUAAUCACCGAGCGCCUGCAAAGCUGCUUCAACCUCAUCAACAUCACUUUUCCGGACGAAGAGACCCUUGCCAGAAUUUUCGGCUCAAUGUUGAGCCAGCACGUAUCCGAUUUCGAUGAGGUGGCUAAGCUGGUUUCCAGAGAACUAACAGAAGCCACCAUCGAUUUGUACAAUGCUGUUUGUGGCAAGAUGCUGCCCACGCCCGCCAAGCUGCAUUAUUUGUUCAAUUUGAGAGACAUAUCUAAGGUGUUUCAGGGUUUGCUGCGCAGCCACAAGGACUACCAGAACGACAAGGCUUCCAUGCUUAGGCUGUGGUUGCACGAGUGCUACAGAGUAUUUUCCGAUCGAUUAAUAGACGAACAGGAUCGCGACUGGUUCAAUAAAACGAUCAACAGUCAACUGACAAUUCACUUCGACGCGCCGCUGAGCAACUUGCUGGCCAAUAAAGAAAUACUGAUGUUUGCUGAUUUUGUUAAUCCCUGGGGUGUGUACGAGGAGCACUCGGUUAUUGAAACUUUAAAAACGUUCUUGGAAACCCAGCUAGAGGAAUACAACAAUACUCCAGGCAACGUUGCAAUGGAUUUAGUGCUUUUUAAGGACGCCAUCGGUCACGUUUGCAGAAUUGCUCGCGUCAUAUCGCAGUCUAGGGGAAACAUGUUGCUCAUCGGAAUGGGCGGUAGUGGAAGAAGAUCACUUUGCCGCUUGGCUUCCUAUGUAUGCGAAUAUGGCAAUUUCCAAAUAACAGUGAACAAAAACUACAGGAUCGUCGAAUUUAAAGAGGACAUGAAAGUAUUGUAUGGUCUGACUGGCGUAGCACUCAAACCUCAAUCUUUCAUCUUUGCGGAUAAUCAAAUUUUGGACGAGGGCUUCCUGGAAAUAAUAAACAAUAUGUUAAGCAGUGGAGAAAUCGCCAACUUGUACAAACCUGAUGAAUUUGAAGACGUUAAAUCGAAAUUGGAGCCAGCCAUUAAGAAGUUCAACAUCCAGACAACGAACGAAUCAAUUUACAAAUUUUUGAUUGGUCGAGUGCGAGCUAGCCUGCACAUUGUACUUUGCAUGAGCCCCGUCGGAGAAGCAUUCAGGAACCGUCUGCGUCAGUACCCCGCUUUAAUUAAUUGCACUACCAUCGAUUGGUUUAAAGAAUGGCCUCGGCAGGCUCUGUUGGAGGUGGCCAAUAAGUAUAUUGCCAACGUGAAUUUUGUUGAAACCAUAACAGGAAUACCGCGGCAUGAAAGCCAAUUCGCAUUGACCUCGACGCAGGAUUACAUAAGAGAACAAAUGGCGUACCUUUGCUCCAUAAUUCACGACUCAGUGGUGAUAUAUUCCGAAAAGAUGCUGAACGAAUUAAAACGGCAUAAUUACGUGACACCCACCAAUUACCUAGAAUUGGUCUACGGUUACAAAACUAUGCUAUCAAAUAAGAGGGAAGAAACCAGUUAUGAGGCGAACAGAUUAAGAAACGGCCUGUAUAAAAUUGACGACUGCCAAGAGAAGGUCAAAUUGAUGUCAGUGGAGUUGGAGGAAGCUCAAGUCCAAGUCGAAGCUUUCCAACAGCAAUGUGACGAGUACAUGCUGAUUAUCAUGGCGCAGAGAAAAGAGGCGGACGAGCAACAGAAAGAAGUAGCCAAAACUAGCGCCAAAAUCGAAGAGGAGGCAGUGGAAAUCAAUAAAAUGGCGGAAUUGGCUCAGGCUGAUUUACAGGCGGCGAUGCCUGCUUUGCUGGCGGCAAUGGGAGCUCUGGAUUCGCUCAGUAAAAAGGACAUCACUGAAAUAAAAUCUUACGUUACGCCGCCGCAAAAGGUCAAGAUGGUUAUGGAGGCCGUAAAUAUUUUACUAGGAGUCGAUCCUAGUUGGGAUAUGGCCAAGAAGUUAUUAGGAGGAAUGAGUUUCCUGCAAGAUCUAAAGGACUUUGACAAAGACAACAUCGACGAUAAAACGUUGAAGAAGAUCACAGUGUACACCUCAAAUGACGAAUUCGUUCCUGACAAAGUUGGACAAGUUUCUGCAGCCGCUAAAUCUCUUUGUCUUUGGGUCAUAGCCAUUGAAAAAUACGCCAGAGUUUGGAAGGUGGUCGGACCGAAGAAAGCUAAAUUGGAAGAAACACUUAAUUCACUAAAAGAAAAAGAAAACAUGCUAGCCAUGGCUCAACAACAACUGACGGAUUUGAAUAAUUAUUUGUUGACACUCCAGCAAGAAUACGAAGAUAAGCAGUUGCAGAAAGAAGAACUCAAUCGGAAGGCUCGAAUGUUGGAAUUUAAAUUGGAAAGAGCUGCCACAUUGGUGGAAUGCCUAUCGGGCGAACGGGAAAGAUGGAUUGAAACUGUUAAAGUUCUGGACAGCAAUUUUGAUUUCCUACCCGGAGACUGCUUGUUGGCGACCGCUUUCAUUUCGUACUUGGGACCGUUUUUGUCCAAUUACAGGGAGGAAUUACAAGAUAUGUGGCAAGAGGAGUGUAAUAAUGCCAAAAUUGUAAUAUCUAAAGACUUCAAUGUAAUUACGUUUUUGGCCGAUCCGAAUACCAUCAGAGAGUGGAAUCAGCAGGGUUUGCCUGCGGAUAAUUUUAGUGCCGAAAACGGAAUAAUCGUCGAUAUUGGCAGUAGAUGGCCUUUGGUAAUCGAUCCUCAAUGUCAAGCGAUGAAGUGGAUUAAAGCUAAAGAAGCAAAAAAUGGUCUUCAUGUUAUAGAUUUCGGGACGACAAAUUACAUGUUGAUAGUGGAGAAAGCGAUACAAAUUGGUACGCCAAUUUUGCUGCAAAAUAUCGGAGAAACCAUCGACCCAUCGCUAGAACCGGUCGUCGGAAAGGCCAUAGUAAAAUCGGGAGGAGAUCUCCUCAUAAAAAUCGAAGACAAAUUGUUAUCGUACAACGAGCAAUUUAAAUUCUUCAUCACGACCAAGCUGACGAAUCCGCAUUACCCUCCAGAAAUUUGCACCAAAGCUACGUUGAUCAAUUUCGCCGUCAAGGAAUCCGGCCUUGAAAGCCAAAUGUUGAGCAUCGUCGUUCGAAAGGAGAAACCGCAAUUGGAGGAGCAGAAGGACGAAUUGGUCGCCACCAUCUCCAAAGGUAAGAAAACAUUGAAAGAGUUAGAAAACGAAUUGCUGAGACUGCUGAAUGAGAUUGAGGGGUCACUCUUGGACAGCGAGGAGUUGUAUGAUACCCUCCAAGAUUCGAAAGCUACAUCGGAAACGGUAAAAGUCAGUUUGGAAAUAGCUGUGAAAACUGAAGUACAAAUUGAUCUUGCUAGAGAGGGGUAUAGACCGUCUGCUACGAGAGCUGCUAUACUAUUUUUCGUAUUGAACGAUAUGGGUCAAAUAGACCCAAUGUAUCAAUUUGCGCUAGACGCGUACAUUAUACUUUUUGUUCAAUCGAUCCUAAAAAGCCCCAAGUCCUUGGAUUUACUAGAAAGAAUUAGCAUGUUGAACGACUAUCACACAUAUGCAGUAUACAAGAAUACGUGUAGAGCGCUCUUUGAACAACACAAAUUAUUAUUUUCGUUCCACAUGUGCAUGAAAAUUUUGAAGGGCCAAGGAAAAAUCAACCUAAUUGAAUACAAUUUUCUGCUAAAAGGCGGCAUAGUAUUGGACAGAUCCAGACAAAGGGAAAACCCCUGUCCAAAUUGGAUGUCUGAAAUAGCUUGGGAUAAUAUCACCGAAUUGGAAAAAAUGGGCGGCUUUAAAGGUGUAGCUGACUCAUUUGAACAGUUUCAGCGGGACUGGUACAGUUGGUACAUCCAUACCGAACCUGAAACUUUACCUUUGAUAGGCGAUUGGGACGCAAUUUGUAAUGAAUUCCAGAAGAUGCUGUUCAUUAGAUCGCUUCGACAAGAUCGCAUCCAAUUCGCCAUAUCGACUUUUAUCGUCAAUCAAUUGGGUCCGCAAUUUGUUGAACCUCCGGUAUUGGACAUCAAGGCUGUGUUGGAGGAGUCCCUUCCGGAGACGCCUUUGAUAUUCGUUUUGUCGCCAGGCGUAGACCCGACUGCUGGUUUGUUAUAUCUUGCUGAACAAACAGGCAUGAUAAAGAGUUUCCAGUCCAUCAGUUUGGGUCAAGGGCAAGCUCCGAUAGCCACAAAGUUGAUACAAAUUGGUUCCAAGGACGGUCAUUGGAUAUUUUUGGCGAAUUGCCACUUGUCUUUGAGUUGGAUGCCCAAGUUGGACAAGAUCAUUGAAUUGUUGCAAACUGAGACCGUGCAUCCAUCGUUUCGAAUAUGGCUUAGUUCUAGUCCGAAUCCGGAGUUUCCCAUAUCGAUUCUUCAAGCUGGUAUUAAAAUGACGACCGAACCGCCGAAGGGUGUGAAGGCAAAUCUGAAGAGGUUGUAUCAGUUGAUAACCGAGGAGCAAUUUACCGCCUGUCAAUUUCCAGAAAAGUACAAAAAAUUGUUGUUUGCUCUUUGUUUUUUCCAUUCUAUAUUGUUGGAAAGAAAGAAAUUUCAACAGCUUGGUUGGAACGUAGUGUACAGUUUUAACGAUUCCGAUUUUCAAGUUUCCGAAAAUUUGUUAACCAUAUAUUUAAAUGAAUAUACUGUAACACCUUGGGAUGCUUUAAAAUACCUAAUAGCUGGUGUCAAUUACGGAGGGCACGUUACAGACGACUGGGACAGACGUUUACUGCUGACCUACAUCAAUCAAUAUUACUGCGAAGAAGCCAUUACUGGUCAUUACUUUAGGUUAUCGGCUCUGCCUACUUAUUACAUACCGAGAGAUGGUUCGAUACAAUCCUAUCUCGACUACAUCGCUUUGUUGCCCAACACCGAUAGACCUGAAGCUUUUGGACAACAUCCCAAUGCAGAUAUUGCUUCAUUGAUCAGCGAAUCCAGAAACUUAUUCGAAACUCUAAUGUCUUUGGAGGUGCAAAGCGAGGCUAGUGGGGGUAUGUCGAAAGAACAAAAAGUUGCCGAACUGGCGAAAGACAUUUACGACAGAGUACCGAGACCGUUGGAUUAUUUCCAACUUGAGAAAUCUAUGGGAGUUAACAAAACACCUUUGGAUGUAGUCCUUUUGCAGGAAAUACAAAGGUACAACGUUCUACUAACGGACAUGCAAGAAGGCAUUGAGGAACUUCAAAAAGCAAUUCUUGGCAUUGCUAUUAUGACCAAUGAAUUGGAAGAAAUCUUUGAUAGCAUAUUUGAUGCCAGAGUACCACCUACAUGGUUGAAAGCUUAUUCUUCACUAAAAUCGUUGGGAAAUUGGACUAGAGAUUUGAUAGCAAGAAUCCACUACUUCUCUGAUUGGGCAACAACGCGUACGCUGCCUUUAUUCUUCUGGUUGGCUUCUUACACCUUUCCUACUGGAUUUUUGACUGCCGUUUUGCAGACUACGGCAAGAUCGCAAGAGGUCCCGAUAGAUACUCUAGGUUGGGAAUUUACGGUUAUACAAGCCGAGGAGAACACAAUACAGGACCAGCCGGAUAAUGGGGUAUACAUAAGGGAAAUUUACCUUGAAGGGGCUAGUUGGGACAAAAAAAAACGGUUUCCUUAUUGAUUCGCAGCCCAUGCAAUUAGUAACUGCGAUGCCGUUGAUUCAUUUCAAGCCUGUUGAACAACUGAAGAAGAAAACCAAAGGAUUGUAUCAAUGUCCCUGUUAUUACUACCCUAUAAGAACUGGAAGUCAGUUCAGGCCGUCAUUUGUUGUUGCUGUUGACUUGAAAGCCGGGAAUGAGACGUCCGAUUUCUGGAUAAAGAGAGGAACUGCGCUUAUUUUAAGUUUAGCCAAUUAG